CCAGGAGGCCGCGCGUCCACUUCCGGCGGCGGCGCCGGUCCCGGAAGCGGUUGUCGGCGAAUCCUGCGGCGCCGGGUGUGGGCGGCGGGAGUAUGCAGGGUGGCCGGCUGCCCGCGCUUGGCGCGUUGGUUUCCUCGAGGCGGCGGCGACGGCGCGCGGCGGCUCUCCCGUGAGCUGCGGGCGGCUGCGGGGCGCGGGCGGUGGGGCUCGACCCGCGGGCGGCGGCGCCAUGUGGAGCGGCCGCAGCUCCUUCACCAGCCUGGUGGUGGGCGUGUUUGUGGUGUACGUGGUGCACACUUGCUGGGUCAUGUACGGUAUUGUCUACACCCGCCCGUGCGCGGGUGACGCCAACUGCAUCCAGCCCUACCUGGCACGGCGACCCAAGCUGCAGCUGAGUGUUUAUACCACCACGAGAUCCAGCCUUGGUGCAGAGAACAACGUGGACCUGGUCUUGAACGUGGAAGACUUUGAUGUGGAGUCCAAAUUUGAAAGGACAGUUAACGUUUCUGUACCAAAGAAAACAAGAAACAAUGGGACAUUGUACGCAUAUAUUUUCCUACAUCAUGCUGGGAUUCUGCCGUGGCACGAUGGGAAACAGGUACACCUGGUCAGUCCUCUGACUACCUACAUGAUCCCCAAACCGGAAGAAAUUAACCUGCUCACUGGGGAGUCUGCCGCUCAGCAGCAGAUAGAAGCAGAUAAGAAGCCAUCCAAUGCCCUGGACGAGCCUGUCUCUCACUGGAGACCCAGGUUGACACUGAAUGUGAUGGUGGAUGACUUUGUCUUUGAUGGGUCCUCCUUGCCUGCAGAUGUGCAUCGGUACAUGAAGAUGAUUCAACUUGGGAAGACGGUACACUACCUCCCUAUCCUGUUCAUUGACCAGCUAAGCAACCGAGUGAAGGACCUCAUGAUGAUAAACCGCUCCACCACCGAGCUGCCGCUCACUGUGUCCUACGACAAGAUCUCACUGGGGCGGCUACGCUUCUGGAUCCACAUGCAGGACGCCGUGUAUUCGCUGCAGCAGUUCGGAUUUUCAGAAAAGGACGCUGAUGAAAUAAAGGGAAUUUUUGUAGACACCAACUCGUAUCUCUUAGCACUGACAUUCUCUGUCGCAGCAUUUCAUCUUCUCUUUGAUUUUCUGGCAUUUAAAAAUGACAUCAGCUUCUGGCAGAAAAAGAAGAGCAUGAUUGGAAUGUCCACCAAAGCAGUGCUCUGGCGCUGUUUCAGCACCGUGGUUAUCUUCCUCUUCCUGUUGGAUGAGCAGACAAGCCUGCUGGUGCUGAUCCCUACAGGUAUUGGGGCUGCCAUUGAGCUUUGGAAAGUGAAGAAAGCAUUGAAGAUGACAGUGGCCUGGAGGGGUCUGAGGCCCAUGUUUCAGUUUGGCACCUGCAGUGAGUCUGAGAAGAUGACGGAGAAGUAUGACACCCAGGCCAUGAAGUACUUGUCUUACCUGCUCUACCCUCUCUGUGUUGGGGGUGCUGUCUACUCACUCCUGAAUAUCAAGUAUAAGAGUUGGUAUUCCUGGCUCAUCAACAGCUUCGUCAAUGGUGUUUAUGCCUUUGGCUUCCUCUUCAUGUUGCCCCAGCUCUUUGUGAAUUACAAGAUGAAGUCUGUGGCACACCUGCCCUGGAAGGCCUUUACCUACAAGGCUUUCAACACCUUCAUCGAUGACGUCUUUGCCUUUAUCAUCACCAUGCCUACGUCUCACCGGCUGGCCUGCUUCAGGGACGAUGUGGUGUUCUUGGUCUACCUUUACCAGCGGUGGCUUUAUCCUGUGGAUAAGAGCAGGGUGAAUGAAUACGGGGAGUCUUAUGAGUAGCAGCCCAAGUGGAAAUCCCACUCAGACUGAGCAUCUCAGCCCCGGCCUCCAGGCACCACAGCACAGUGCAGCCAGGGGUCGAUGAGUAUUCCUGGAGGCUUUGGGGAAUUCCUAGACAUCAUAUCUUCUGCAUUGCCAAAUCCUUCAGAGCGUUUCUCAAAAUCCCUGAGCAUCCUCUCCUUGUGUUUGGAAGAAACCACAGCACUUAACCAUGCCCCUACGUGAACUUGAAUCUUAGUGCUCGGUCAUCCAAGAGUGGCUCUCAGGGCAUGAGUGUCCCAUGGUGGCAGUGGACACUGAGUACACAGAGGUACGGAGGGUGACGGGUUUCCACUUCGUCGUGUUUAAGUGCUCCUUAUGUGAAUUUUACAUGCAUAUGGAAAAUUGUUCCGUAUGGACUCUGGGAUCAAAUGGCUCUUUUUUCCUUCUGUUUAAAAUUUGAUUGUUCAAAGCCUAAUGUAUGUUUGUUUCUAUUUUAAAAUAAAUUU